UCCUGUCUGAACUUCCUUUGCCAUGGUGAGUUAGAUGUCCUUCAGCUAUGCUCCAAGGAAGGCUCCAUGGACAGCUUAUAUGAGCCAGUCCCAGAACAACAAACUAACCAAGAAAGCACCUCUGUCAGGACUGGUUCUCUUAUCUCACCUUCUGGGGAGAGUGGAAAAGCACACGACAAUCUCUUUAUGGAAGUUUCUAAUUUUGAGAAUGCACAACCAAAAAGAAAGUCAAUCCAGAGAUCUAUGUCUGAAAACAAAGGAUUUGAAAGAAAAACAGUGAAUGACACAAUCUGGCAGGAACCCUGCAAGCCUGAGAAUGAUUCCCACAUCAGAAGACUCUGUCAGCUAAAAGAUAUAAAUGAAGAUGAUUUUUUUUUGAGUAAUAACAUACGUACUUUUCAAGGAAAAAAACCACCAGGCAUUUCCUGUCAGGUAAUGUGAAUAAUCAACACUUGGCGUGUGUUUUGUGAAAAUCAUCUUGUUAUUGAGUUCUGUAAUAUUUUAGAUGCAGUGUACAAUACUUAGCCUUGUAGCUAUUUUGUAUUUAGGUAUUAUAGGUUGUUUUUGUAAUUGAUAUGCUUGUA